AUGGAUGAUAAGAUUCUUAAAAAGCGACCUAUACUAGUUGCAGCAUCAGUUGGUAGCUCUGUGAGAAUCUAUGGUGAUUUGAUCACACUGGAAACACUCAAAGAUUUCCACCGGACACUAUUGCACGUUCUGGGAGAGUCUGGUGCUGAUAUAAUAGCAUUUGAGACCAUUCCAAGCAAGGUAGAGGCUCAGGCAUUUGCUGCCCUGUUAGAUGAAGGGGACGUGGAGAUUCUAAGGGUUUCGUUUAACUCCAAGGAUGGGGUGAACGUGGUUAGUGGAGGAGAUUCCAUCAAGGAGUGUAUCGCCUUAGCUGACGUCUGUGAGAAAGUAGUGGCGGUUGGGAUCAACUGCACCUCUCCAAGAUUCAUGGAGGGCCUAGUCUUGGAGAUAGGAAAGGUGACGAGCAAGCCUAUACUAGUGUAUCCAAACAGCGGAGAAAGAUAUGAUGCUAACCGGAAGAGUGGGUUGUAACUUGUAGGUCACGGUAUCAUCAACGUUGGUUGGAGACAAGGAAAGUAACAGUAAUAGUAAUAGUUGGUGUGAUUUUUUGGUGCAGGAAAACGCAGGAGUUGGGAAUGAAGACUGUGUCGUACGUAAAGAAAUGGAUGGAUGCAGGAGUGUCAUUGCUGGGAGGAUGCAGCUGCCGCAUAACACCAGCCACCAUCACAGCCAUUCACAAGCGACUUGUCACCCGCAUAUCUCUCUUCUAUUCUUCUUAAUUAGCUUUCAAACCUCCACCUUCACUCUCACUCUCUCUGAACCUUUUAUUCUUAACUAGCUUUCAAACCUCCACCUUCUAAUUAGCUUUUAAUAAUGGUCAGCCACGUUUGAUCAAAAAAAAAAUGGUCAGCCACGCAUAGCAAGGUUCCCUUUUCCAAGAUCCUUUGGAGUAUUCUUUCUUUAAAUCUCUUAGCCAACUCUUUGUUCAGAUGUUACAAAAGUGUUUUUUCCCGGGUAUGCAGUGGGACGACGAGGGCGAAAGCGGACCCAUGAUUGGAUGAGCCACACAAGACCUCUACUCUACGGUUGACAUUUGUGACUACAAGUACCCAAAGUUUACCCUGUUUUUUUUUUAAUACAUUAGGUUUGUUUAUAUGUAAGAUGUCUCAAUGCUUGAACGUUGAGCUUGUAGUUGUACCGUACG